CUUAUAAGGAUAAUAACAACGGCCGCCAUAUUUGAAUUUAGUAAAAGAAGAUAACUGCAUUAAUUUGAAGUUUGGAGCAUUUUUUUUAUCAAAUAGCACUAGAUAGGUGUUUUAGAAAUUGAUGCAGUAGUGAUGGCAUCAAGUUUGGUAAGUUGCAUGCAGGACUAGGGUGAGAAAUAAUGGAGAGUUCGGAAAGAUGCAAAAGUGGUAGUUGUUGCCAUAUUUUCGAGACUUUCGUUAGGUUGCAAGAUUAAGAUCAUCCGAUUUUUCUAACUUGUCUAACGAUUACUUCGCAGGAAGAUCCAACGCUCGAAAGGCACUUUAAAGGCCACAGAGACACGGUGACAAGCGUGGAUUUUAAUCCAAACAUGAAACAGCUGGGUAAGCUAGCUAAGGGUUGUUACAUGUUAAUAUUGGGCAAGAUCUUGGAAUCUUAAUUAAGAUCGUAAAAGCAGUCGAUGAUUACUUCAGGUGCUCGUCAAUCUUGUACUACUCUCUUAGAUCAGGUGCAAGAUCUCGGAAUUUAAUGAUCAUAAAAAUAUGGCUCCAUGUUACUUGUUCACUACAGGAACACAGGAACAUGGCAACAUGGCUAACAGGGGCAUUAAAAUAGUCACUUGACGGUGCUCAGAAAUACCCGAUUAUUGUUGAGUUGCUCUGAGUUUUGAGAGUUUCCUGAGGAAUAGAUAAAAAAGUCAAAUUUUCCCCCAAUGUCUGUUCAAACAUGAUUCUUUUGACAUGAAUCAAGAGUUGAUUAAGAUAAUUAUAAUUUAUUCUAUGAUUUUUCACAUAAGUACUUUAUUAUCACGGGCAGUUACUGGUUCAAUGGAUUCAAGUCUAAUGAUCUGGCAUUUCAAACCUCAUAUGCGAGCAUACAGAUUUGUCGGACAUAAGGUUUGAUUAUUUAUUUUUUCAUCAUUUCUUUGUCUCUUCCCCUAUUUUAACCCUCUCACUCCUAGGAACUCAUCAGUAUUUGUCCUUAUUGUCUGCCAUGCACAGUUGCAUACCACAAUAUAUUUCCCAUAAUCGCUAUGCUGUAUUUCAAGCAAAAUCUACCUCAUAUAUAUUAAGGUAGGAGGGGGUUGUAAUAUUGCUAUCAUAUCAAGAGACACUUUCCUUUUGGCUACCAAAACUGCAAACCCCUGGUCACAAGUUAAAACAGUUUGUCAUAUUUUGAUAUAUGUAUGAUCACCUACAAAGUUUUAUUUGGCAUAUUUUGAUAUUUUUUUGGGAUGAAACAAAUUUGGGUAGCCUUCAAUCUGAUAGUGGUACUGUCAUUUCCAAUGGUCUAUAUGAAAUGUAGAUGAACUACAUUAUAAGAUUUUUGUGGUAAUUAAGAAAAGUCAGAAGAUAACCUGCUUUUCUAGAAAAUCAGCACCUUGAAAUGACAGAAAAUCAUGCAGAAGAGGUGCAAGAAUUUGUUGAUUCUACAUGGCUCUGUUAUUCUGAUAUUGCAAGAGGCUUUGACUUUAAUAAAAUGUUUCCUGUUGACUCUCUCUCAGGAUGCGGUACUUUCGGUAAAGUUUUCUCCAUCAGGGCAUCUGAUUGCAUCAGCAUCCAGGGACAAAACUGUGAGACUUUGGGUUCCUAGUGUGUAAGUGUUGUUGUAUUUGCUAUGCGUCAUUUAUAUUCUUGUAAUUCAGAGCAAUUUUAAGUUCCUCCUUGAGGGAACCUAUAAGUGUAUUGUGUGGAUGAGUUAUUUAUGGCUUGGAGUUGGAGCCAGUGAAAUCAGGAACAUGUUUAACUUCACACUAAAAUCUACUGAUCUGUGAAUAUUGGAACCCAAGAGUUGGAUAAUGUUUCUUAUAUUUUUCUGUUCUGUCUCUUUAAGAAAAGGAGAAAGCACAGUGUUUAAAGCUCAUACAGCGACGGUAAGGAGUGUGGAUUUUUCUGGUGAUGGACAAUCUCUUCUGACGGCAUCAGAUGAUAAAACAGUCAAGGUACUAAAAUGCAAUUAAUUAUGUACUACAAAUUGGUUUCAAGCUCUUUUAAAUGAAAAAAAAAGCAAAUAAAAACUUGUAUAACUUACUAGGAAUAUAAUUAAAAAUAAUUGUUAGUGAAAGAAAUAAACAGUUGUCACUAAAUCAUGGCAACUAAAAAGUGUUUUCAGUCUUAGGAAUCAGCUGUCCAUGAACUCUUUACACCUAAGAUCAGUGUGCACAUUCUCCAUACUGUUCUCUAUACAUUUCCUACAAUGCUGACAAGGAGAAUUCUUUUAACAAUCAAGAGCUUCUAUGGUUGGCAAUCAUUUCCUUUAUUCUCAUGACCAUAAUGUGUGAUUCAGGGGUGAUAUUGUAAGGAGAAAUUAGAUACUAAUCACUCUUGGGCAUCAAAGGGGUCAAAUAAGAGCCUGGCAUGCCAAAGUGCACUAAUCUGUAUUAUUUUAGUUUUUGCCGAAAGCCUUCCAUUCUGCUCUUUAGGCGUCACCUCUUAAAAUAUAUAUUCAUGAUCACUUAUUAAGUUUUAUUUGAUAUCUUGCAUCGCCUUUUCACAUUUCAAGUUAUCAUACUGAUAUUUGUUAUUGACAUGAUUAUUAUACUAUUGAGGAUAAUUAUUUUACCAUGAUUACUGCUUUAGGUGUGGACUGUCCAUCGUCAAAAGUUUCAAUUUUCUCUCAAUGCUCACAUGAACUGGGUUAGAUGUGCAAGGUAUACAUCAUUCACAGUUGAAAUAAGUCAUAAAUAAUACAUGAUUAUUAGUAUGAACGAUCAUCAGAUAAGGAAAUAUUUUGUACCUUAAUAUAUAUGUUCAGUGUCUGAUAUGAAAGGUCUUGAUUACAUAUUGUCAGCUGCUUGUUUGUGACAAAUAAUGCAUUUUUAAAGUCCCAGUGCAUUAACUAGAUGCUUUGGCAAGGAUUACGAAAUUAAUGAUUAGGAGUAUUAACUGCUGCAGAAGGAUCUGUAAUCUAUAAUUAAAGCACCUCUGCUCAACUGAAGAGUAGAACAAAACAACUGAAGGAAUUUUGGGGAUGUCUACUUUAGUGUAGAAUAAAAGUAUGUUUAGUGGGCAAUUUUAGAUGCCCAAAUUUUUUUAAUAGUUGUUCCUCUUGACUGUGAAUGUUUACAGUUCAGUAUUUUUGUAGGUUUUCUCCUGAUGGGCGAAUGAUUGUAUCAGCAAGUGAUGACAAGACGAUUAAGAUAUGGGACAGAACAAGCAAAGAAUCUGUUCAUACAUUUUAUGAUCCAGGAGGGUGAGUAACUUCUUCCAGAUAAAUUCAAUUUGUAUCGGUAAUGACAUGAUUUCAAGUGAAAUUUGGUGUUAGUAAGCACAGGUAAAUAAUUUAAAGACAAAAAAUUGCACGAGCUUGUAGGGCAGAUGCAAUUUGUAUGUCUUUGAAAAAUUUACAAGUGUUUAUAAUACCAAAUUGCAAGAGAUAUCAUGUUAUUACUUGUUAAAUGUACAUGAAAAAAAAACAGAAAGUCAAGACAAUCAACAUUUGAAAGAAUGUGCACACUAUUUGUAAUUUGCACCUGUGUUUCAACUUUGCAUUUGUGUUACAUGAGAAUACAUUCAUUUUGAGCUACUUAGAAGUGCAUAAUUUUUUCAUGUAAUACUUUGCAUAAAAUUUACUGAAAUUGUGUAUUUUUUAGAGCAAUGGAAGGUUAGGUAAGGGGACAUUUCCAUCAAGGAGAUGAUCUCAAUUCUAGAGAAGUAAAAUAAAAGGGAGGGACAAGGGAAAAGGGCUGUCAAAUUAUAUUUGUUAAACUUUAUGAGUACUGUCCGAUUGCUAUCACAGGGGACACUUGCACAAAGAUGCACAGUCCCACUAGCAAUGAAUUACAUUUGAAUUACAAAUGUCAUCUUUGUUUACCUUGUACGUGAGCCCUGAUUUUUCGAAAUGAAAUCAGUUGGGACCUUCUAGUUGUUUCCAGUAACAUGAUUGGUUAAUUUUCAUAUUUUGAACAACCUCAAAAAAAGUCAUGGCUUUUUGCAGAAUAUCACCUGAACCUUAGAUGAAUGGAAUUUGAGAUUGUUGGAAAUUGUGCAACAGCAUUAAGUCAAAGAAUUUAGGAGUUAUAUUUAGUUUUAACAAAUUAGCUUUCACAAGUUAUUUCCUCUUUCUUACCUAACCUAUCUUUUCUUUUAGAUAUGUAAACUCAGUAGAAUUUCACCCAAAUGGCACUUGCAUAGCAGCAGGUGGAACAGACAGUACUGUUAAGGUGUGGGACAUAAGGAUGAACAAGUUACUUCAGCAUUAUCAAGGUAUACAAAAACAUUCAAAAGGAUGUUUUCAAUGCGCUUAUAACUCUCAAAAAGGAUCCGGACAGGCUCGUAUUAUCUGCUGACAAGGGUAAUUGUGUUGUGGUUAUGGACAAACAGCAAUAUCACGACAAAGCUUUGUCUCUGCUCAAUGACAAGAGUACGUAUGCUGUCUUAAACUCUGACCCUACCAGUAAAACUCAAAGAAAGUUAAACAAAAUGUUGCUUGAUUUGAAAAAAGCUGGCAGAAUUAGUGACUCUACGUACAAAAUGUUAUACAGUAGUGACGGCUUAUGUCCACGUUUUUAUGGCUUACCUAAAAUUCAUAAACCGGGAAUUCCUUUGAGACCCAUUGUCUCUUUUGUUAAUUCUCCGACUUAUGCAAUUUCUGGUUAUCUUGCGAGAAUUUUGUCGCCUGUUGUUGGGAAUACUGAUUACACUGUCAAAAAUUCCUGCGAAUUUACGGAUUUCAUAAGAGAUAAAACUCUUGACGCUUGUGAAGAAUUAGUAUCCUUCGACGUUGUUUCGCUCUUCACUAAAAUCCCAGUUGAUCUUGCCGUUAAGGUUGCGGAGGCAAGACUCAGAGAAGAUGCUUCCCUAGGACAAAGAACUCCUUUGCCUGUGGAGGAUAUUAUUCAUUUGCUGUCUUUUUGCCUCAAAACCACGCAAUUUACAUAUAACGGCACAUACUAUCAACAAAUUUUUGGUACAGCUAUGGGUUCGCCUGUUUCUGCUGUCAUUGCUAACAUGGUAAUGGAAGACGUGGAACAAAGGGCCUUAGCCACCUCACCGGUUAAACCCUUUUUCUGGAAACGAUACGUCGAUGAUGUUAUUUCUGCGGUAUCCGGAAAUGAAGCGGAGCGCCUCUUGUCGCAUUUGAAUUCAGUAGAGCCGUCGAUCCAAUUCACCCUUGAACGUGAAAAGGAUAGACAUUUGCCCUUUCUUGAUUUAAAUGUGUUUAGAGGGGUUCAGGGUAAUUUAGAGACAAGUGUCUACCGUAAACCCACUCACACCGACAAAUACCUCGCUUUCGAUUCUCACCAUCCUAUUUGCCAUAAAAAGUCCGUAGCCAAAACUUUACUUAGGAGGGCUGAUUGUCUACCAUCAUCACUCGAUUCGAAGGCUGAGGAGAGGAAAUAUGUUUCCGGUGUCCUUAAGGCAAAUGGCUAUACAAAAACUUUUCUCCGUAACUGCCAAAAACCAGUUACAAAUAGUAACGCUCUUGAUGAAAGGGAACCAGCGACUGGUUUUGCUGUUAUUCCUUACAUACAGGGUGUUACUCAGGGUUCGUACGGGUCAUGGAAAACCUGGAAAGUCAUGGAAUUUCGAAAAAAAAAUUCCAGGCCUGGAAAGUCAUGGAAUUUCGAUCAGAGUCAUGGAAAGUCAUGGAAAAUUGUUAUAAUUUGACAUUUUGCAAAAACCGAGAUGAAAAUAAAGAAAAUUCCUUGCUUUCACAAGUUUUUGUUUAAUAAACUAUUCCUUGUUUACGUGUUUGCAACGACAAACGCGCAUUUUUCCCCCGAUACCGUGUGAUACGUUUUUGCUGAGACCUGGGGCCGAGUCCCAGCAUCGCCAUGCGACCAGGCCUGCCACGAGGUAAAGAUGAGCUUGAGCGAUCAUUCAAGCAGAUUUAAUAUAUAAUGCCUGGAAAAUGCAAAUUCCAAGAUGCUUGGCUGAGUAACCCGCAGUAUAAUAAGUGGAUAGAACGCGGGAGUUCUUCGUCAGAGGCAAAAUGUAAAGCAUGCAAAAAGACAUUCGCUGUUCAAAAUAUGGGAGAAGCAGCAGUGAAAAGCCACAUGAAAUCGAAGAAGCACGUCGAUGCUGUUAAAGGUACGUUUGUGUGUUCAAAUUUGAAUUUACUAGAAUUUAAAGUUUGCAUCAAGACAAGAAAAUGCAUGUUUGCGUUAGAUAUUUGUCUCGAUAUUUGUACCAACUCGUGAUUCAUUUAGGAUGCAGCCUGUAUUGGGUAUAACAUAGAUUUAAGUGCUGUGGUGUAAUAAGAAUCGGCAAAAUAAUCAAACAGAACAAAAGAAUUUGUCAUCUAAAGCGACAGAAUAUAAAUAAAUGUCUUUUUAAUUUCGGGAUGACAAAGAUAAUGCAUGGAUUGUACCGAUGUUUAGGCAAGAGUGUUCUUUUGAGUUUUUGAGAGGCUGCAGGGGGGGGGGGGGGUUGGGGGCCGGUGGGACUAAACUCGGAGGUAUAUUAAAUUUCAGAUAUAAAGUUAAUGUAUUAUGAGGGACUAGCAAAACGGCCAUUUCAUAUUUUUUUAUUUAGCGCAUCUUUAUUUAUUAAUACAAAAUUUAUACAAUAGUUAAUACUAUGCGAUACAACACUAAUACACUAAAAGUGAGUUUUUAUUUUUCCUUGACAUUUGUGGCUCAGCAUUGGGAUUAAUUAUGGCUUCAGCCCCCCCUCCUUCAGUUCUGUUGUGGCGCCUGUAAAAUAUGGUUUAUUUUUAUAAGUGGAUUGCAAUUUCGAUGAGGCUAUUGUGAAAUUUUGAGAUUCCAGGAUUUCUGUGACAGUAAAUUCAUUUAAUUAGGGCUCAUUUUUGACGAUAUUCAUAAACAAACAUUUUUUAAUUUGAUUUUAGACGAGAGUAGCAAUGCCAGCCUCAGAAACUUUUUACCUGCUGUUGGAAGCCAGCGUGGUUCACAUGAAGUAGGACGCUCUGAACAGCCAUGUUCUUCCGGUGCCGGUGAUAUAAGAAAUUAUGUGGCUUCAAAUGAGACACUUGCUGCAGAAGUUUUGUGGGCACUGAAAGUAAUCUUGUCUCACUAUAGUUACAAGAGCUGUGAGGACAUUCCAGAACUAUUUAAACGUAUGUUUCGGACAGCCAGAUAGCCAGCAAGUUUUCCUGUGGCGAGAAAAAUGUGCUUACUUAGCUUGUUUUGGCAUAGCACCCUAUUUCCAACGUAAGCUUACGGAUGAAGUCACAAAACUUGAAUUGUUUGUUUUACUUUUUGAUGAAUCGCACAAUAAAGUUACCCAAACCAAGCAGAUGGAUCUGCAUGUUAGGUUUUGGGAUGCAAAAAAGAACUCCAGAGUGCAGACAAGGUACCUAACCUCUGUAUUUCUGGGACAUGCUACAGCCGACGACCUUUUGGAAAAGAUCGUUAGCUACCUUGAUAGUAUCAAGAUUCAGAAGUCCAACAUAUUGCAGUUGUCAAUGGACGGGCCUAACGUGAAUUGGAAACUGCAUGAGCUAUUCCAGGAACUGAUCUCUGAGGUUGACGAAAACGCACCCAUCUUAGUUAACGUAGGCUCUUGUGGACUUCACAUUGUACACAAUGCUUUCAAAGCUGGAUCAAAGGCAUCUACUUGGAGCAUUCAGGAAGUUCUGUCUUCUCUUCAUUGGUUAUUUGUGGAUUCACCAGCACGAAGAGAGGAUUACACAGAAAUAACCAGCAGUGUUGUAUUUCCAAUUAAGUACUGCAAGCACAGAUGGCUGGAGAACCUGCCAGUUGUAGUACGGGCCCAGGAAAUAUGGAAAGAAGUCACUUUCUAUGUGACAACGGUGCAACGUAGCAGCAAAUAUAGUGUGCCAACUUCAAAGUCCUACAAGACGAUAAGAGAUUCAACCCAAGAUCCACUAAUGCCUCUCAAAUUUGCUGCUUUUGAGUCAGUGGCUAAACAGCUGCAACCAUUUCUGGUACAGUUCCAAAGCGACAGCCCUCUUCUACCAUUUGUGGCCAGCAGUCUAGAGAAGGUGAUUCGUGGUCUCAUGAAAAGGUUCGUCAAAGCUGAUGUACUCCAGGGUGCCAGCUCUGCAGUAAAGCUUCUGAAGAUUGACUUCAAGAAGAGGGAGAAUUGCCUUGACGUGGAGAAGUUGGAUGUUGGUUUUGUUGCUGCCACGAAGCUGAAAGAAUUGCAAGCAGCCAAGAAAAUCAGUGAUCGUCAGACAUAUGAAUUUAGGAAGGAAUUCCAGUCGUUCCUUACAGCUACAGUUGGAAAACUUAUUGAGAAGACCCCAAUUGCCUAUUCCUUGCCAGGAACCUGUGCUGUUUGGAUCCGAUUCAUAUUGUGACAGAGAAAGAAGCAAGCUGUGCGAGGUUCAAGAUUGUCCUCAAGAAAUUGGUAGAAUGCAAGAGGGUUGAUAUUCAUGAUUGUGACAUUUUGUUGUCACAGUACAGUGAAUUUACGGAACGGGCUACACAGGUGCACAAGUCUGAGUUUGAAGACUUUGACUUUACAGAUCAGAGAUUGGAUGCAUUUCUCCAAAAACACAUUGGUCUUGUCGGUUCACUUUCCAAACUGUGGGACGUUGUGAAAUUCCUCUUGUGUCUCUCACAUGGGCAAGCAAGUGUAGAAAGGGGAUUUUCCGUUAACCGACAGCUAAUGAUUGAGAAUAUGAAGGAGACCACUUUCGUUGCCCAACGCACCAUUCAUGACCACAUAUUGAGUAUUGAUGGAUUUCAUAAAUUGGUCAUUUCGAACGAGCUUCUUACCUCUGCUAAAGCAGGAAGACAGCGGUAUCACGCCCAUCUUGAAGAGCAGCGACAGCUUGCGAAAAAUGUUGCCAAAAGCCACAAACGAAAAUCUGUGGAUGAAGCAAAAGCUGAUUUCCAGAAGAAAAAGAAGAGACUUGAAACAGAGAUCACCACCUUACAGUUUGAUGCUGACAAAUUAGCUAAAGAGGCUGAGGUGAAGAGGCAGCUCGUCUUGUUAACCGAAUCAAAUGCACUCAGAAAUGCAGCAAAGGAGAAGAAGAUAGAACUAGAAAACUUAAACAAGGAAUUGGAAGAGUGUGAUAAAUAAGUCCGAGUGACAACCUGUCCAAAAGUACUGCUUUCUUGAAGUUAUUUACCAGAAUUGCAAGCAUUUAACCAUUGAACAAAUAGAUUUGUUCAUACAAGGAUGCACUCAUAUAUUUUUCUAUAUUGUAGAUGAAAACUGAAACCUCAUACUGCAAUUGUGAACACUGAAACAAUGACUGUAUUGUAAGGAAAUUAAGAUUUUAUAGUUCUGGGCUGUACAGGUUUUGUUAGGAAAUUAAGUCUGGAUUAUACAGUUUUUGUUACGAAAUUUUAAAAGAUAUAGUUCUGGAUUGUACAGAUUUUGUUAGGAAAUUAAGUCUGCAUUGUAUAGAUUUUGUUAGGAAAUUUUAAUAGAUAUAGUUCUGGACUGUACAGUUUUAUAAGGAAAUUUUAAAAGAUAUAGUUCUGGACUGUAAAGUUUAUCUUAGGAAAUUUAAAAGAUAUAGUUCUGGACUGUAAAGUUUAGUAAAAAAGUAUCUGUUUACGUCGUGUUGUUGCACUUGUGUCAUUUUGUUGCACGGAAAUAAAGAUUCCGUGUUAUACGUAUGAAUUUAACUGGUCUUAGCAUCUUCUUCUUUUCUACAAUUUGGUUAACAUGCAAGGAAAAAACGAAUUGAUGGUACUGUAAGUAUAUAUUGAGAAAAAUAAUUUGAAAUGGGUCAUGGAAAAUCGGAAAAGGUCAUGGAAAAAGUCAUGGAAAGUCAUGGAAUGUCAGAAAGUCAAAAGCGUACGAACCAUGUUACUGAACCCAUCAAGAGAAUUUUGAAUAGCCACAACGUUAAAGUUGCUCAAAAACCUUUUCAGACUUUGGGGCAUAUUUUCGCCAAACCUAAGGAUCCUGUCACGAAAGAACAACGAACCGACGCCAUUUAUUCUAUUCCUUGCAAUGACUGAUAACGAAUACAUCGGACAGACCAAACGCCAGUUUGGUACACGGUUAAAAGAGCACCAAAAAGCGGUUUUUCUUUGCAAAAAGGAAAAUUCAGCUUUAUCGGAGCAUACUUGCCUAACCAACCAUACAAUUGGGUGGGAUAAUUCUAGAAUUAUCACCACUAAUCGGCGUUACCACCAGCGCCUUUGUUUGGAGGCUUGGCACAUUAACUCCGCCCACGUUCCUUUAAAUCGUGACGAUGGCGGUCUGCUUCCUGACGCUUAUUUACACCUCGUCAGAAAAAAGGCCGCUAAUUAGUGAUCAUAUAAAAGGACCUCUUGUUGCAGCGUUUAGAUCACCCCUGAUGAAGGCACUAGACAGGAGUGUCGAAACGUUGGGUCUAUGAAUUGUAACUUCUUCGGUUACAUUCAUUAAAUCUGCAAACCAGUGUAGCUUCAAACUAUGUCUGUAUACAAAUUGAUUUGCAGAUGCAAAGAUUGUUUGAACCAGCUUUUAUGGUUAGAGUUUUACAAUCAUCUUCGAUGUUCUUUAAUAGAACUAUUGUUUUCAAUUUGUAGCACAUACAAAUGCUGUGAAUGCUGUUUCAUUUCAUCCAUCUGGAAAUUAUCUUGUAUCAGCUUCAAGUGAUACAACACUUAAGGUCAGUGUCGUCUUUGGAGACUCAGGAGCAAAUAAUAAUAUUAAAUAAUUAUGAUAAAUGAUGGAAAUUUUGCGACAGACAUUCCUGCAGUGGCUCUUUAAGUGUACACUGUUUCCAGAUUGAAUUAGAUUGUGGAAUGUUGGAUUUAGUACAGGGAGAAGAACCCUCUGAGAAAGGGUAAGAACCAAUAACAAACUCAACCCACAUGUGACACCCACUCUAGGAAUUAAACCUGGGGCAAAGGUGGAGGGAGGUGAGCACUCUCUUCCUCGUUCUUUGUUUACACUUUUGUAUCUAUUAGAAACCACCUUCUCAUCUUCCUGUCACUUGCUUAUUUGCUCUAUAUAAUCACAGUUUGCGAUAUAAAUUUUAUGUUUGAUACAGUGUGAAAUUUAAUGAGGCUGAGCCUGCAUCCAUUACUUUUGGGCUACAGCACACCCAUUUUACUGAUCCCUCUCCCCUUUCCCUUUGACUUGUGCAUUAAAAGUGCACUUUUGAAAUUUGAAAAAGUGUGUAACCAAAAAUACUAUAUUUUCUCCAGAUAUUAGAUUUGAUGGAAGGAAGACUGUUUUACACACUCCAUGGACAUCAGGUUUGUACAAGGUGUAGCAGAAGUUAGUUUGUUAUUAUUUUUCAUUUCAUUUUUAUUUUAAAAAAAUGAUAUUAAGUUACAAUAUUUAUGUCAAAUUUUCAAUACAUUAUCAUCAUGGCUAAAUAUAUUAAAAUUGUAGUCUUAAAUGGGAUAAAGUUAAUUCUUCUCAAAUAGGAUUUCUCCGACCUAUGAAUCCCAUACUUACACAGUAAAUGAUUUUUUCAGUGUUUAUACAGCCUCAUCUAAUCAUGAGGGAGGUUGAAUGAAUGGAAGACAGUUAUCUAGAGAGUUUGCAAAACUUUUGAGAAUUCUGCCUUCUUCAUAUGAGACUAUGUAAACACAAGGAAAAUAAUCUCUUAAAACUGGUGUACAAAUCUAAAACAUUAUUCUCAUCUAAUUACCAAUGGAGCAAUGAGAGCAUGUCUAGUGUUGCAGUUGCUUUAUAAAUUAAUAUCAUAAAUCAAGUUAAGUUUAUUUAGGUUUACAUAAAUAAUUAAGUUUAUAUAAAAAGCAUUUAGAAAUGUUUUAACAUAUCUUGCUUUUUUCCCCAUAUUUAAGGGACCAGCAACAUGUGUAAUUUUCUCACAAAAUGGUGAAUAUUUUGCAUCAGGAAGUUCAGAUGAGCAGGUAAAAUGCAAAUUAUUGUAGUUUUUCUCAGCUGAAAGAAAGUGUACCUGUUCUUAUUUUAACAGUUGAUCUUGUAAUAAAAAUUGAGUUCUUAGGUACUAAGUGUUCAUGUUUUUCAGGUAAUGGUGUGGAAGACAAACUUUGAUAAAGUUGAUUAUGAUGAAGGUAACUUGUUUCAAUUUAUAAUUAUGAAAGAUGUUUUUAUAUGAGCUACAUGUAUGAGAUGGCUCUUUUCAAACUGCAGUAUAUGAGUGCUCCACCAAGAUGAAAUCAGAAACGUCCUGAGGAGGUUUUGAGAUGAAGUUUCCAUGGCAACUAACAAGGGUCCCCAGACAAGUGAUUGGGAUUCCUAGGAAGUUUUCUGACAAUGGCAUUUAACCCUUUCACUCCCAAGAUCUGCUAGUUAAUUCUCCCCUCUAACUUCUACACAUUUCCCUGUAAAUUAGUGAUGAGAAUUCUUUGUUAGAUCAAGAUAGCAACACCUGAUAAGUUUGAUUACUCUCAUUACAUGUUUGCUGGAUUAUACAUGGAUAUUUUAAGGGAGAAGUCACAUGUUGAUCACUUCUGGGAGUUAAAGGGUUAACAUUUCAUGUCAAUUCUCAGGAGCUAAUCAGACGUUUUUGUCUUCAAGUUUGUUUUUGUUUGUUUGUUUUUGUUUGUUUGUUUUUGUUUGUUUGUUUUUAAUUUUUUAGCUGCUUUAGCCUCCUACAUGUGACUGGUAGGGUGUUCAAUAGCUUUUUCUGUUGCUUUCAGUGCUACGUUCCCACAGAAAAAGAGCAGCAUCUCCAUCUGUACCCACACCACAUACUCAUGAUCCCCCUCCAAGGAUUCCAUCCAAGGAAGCUGCACCAGAGGUAAGUCUGGACAAGCUGUGAAUUCAUCAUAAAGGAAAUUUUAAGAACAAAUAAGAAGGUUAAGUAUGAGAUUGUGGCUUAACCUGUUCUCUUAAGAGUGAUUAGCAUCUAAUUUCUCCUUUCAAUAUCACCCCUGAAUCAAACAUUAAGGUCAUGAGAAAGUAGGAAAUGAUCACAAAAUAAAAAACCUUCUUGAUUGUUAGUCAAAUUCUCCUUUUCAGCACCUAAGGAAAUGUUUAGAGAGCAGUAGGGAGAAUAUGUAUACUAAUGUUAAGGAGUGAGGAGUAAAGGUCUUAAGAGCCCUGGGUUCAAUACCUGGACAAGACACUGUGUUGUGUUCUUGGGUGAGACACUUUACUUUCACAGCACCCCUCUCCACCCAGGAUUAUAAAUGGGUGUUACUGUCAAGGAAACCUGACGAAAUGCUGAGGAGGGGGGGAGGGGUGUAAAAUCAAAACCUAAGAAAUCUCAAAGACCAACCAGAUGAAAAGAAAAUAACACGUGCAGCUAAUGAGAACUGACAGUGAAAACAAACAAGGUGGUUGGAGUUUUGAGUCUGAUUGGUUCAGUAAGUGACACGAGUUUUCUUGACCGAUCACAGAGCACAGUGAAUUAAACCAAAGCAAUCUUGGAUUACCUUUGACACUUAAUUGAUAAUUGUUUGAAAAUGCUGAUUAUGUUAAAAAGGUUACUUCCCAACCUCAGAGGCCGAAAAAAUUGAUUUUUGUUUUAUUUGACUAAACUGAAUUCAAACAUUCAAACUAACGUUUCCAUUCAAAAAUUUUCAGAAAUCCUUAAAAGCAACCGAGUUAUUUAGAAAAACGUAUUUUCAAACAAAAGUUAAUAAAUCAGGAAGGUGUCGUAAUCUCGAACCUGGGCGAAUCCCUUGGGGGAAAUUUUCGCGGCAACCGCUCAUGUUGAGGCUCGAUGAUAUUUCCAUAUUUUGUUUACAUCGGUUUUAGGAGGCGAGGUAAUCUAGCGUGACGCGAGUUGUUUGCAAACCUUUAUGAACUAAAAUCUCGCAUUUGAAUUUGGGAGGAAUGCAACCACUUUGAGCGAAUUUAUAGGGUCUAUAGAUUUGACCGAUUUUCGUCAAAUUUCGCCAAACCAUUCUAGGAAUAAUGACAAACGAAAAUGUGUCGGGAAAUUUUAGUAUUUGAAAUAUUUGUUCCAUGGCGUCCAUUUACGCAACACGCCUGGCAUAGUUUUAGCUACUUCAACUUUAGAUACCGAUAUCUAGACAACCAAUCAGAAUAUCGAAAAAGUCUGACACCCUUAUGUUGAUUAAUGCCUUGUGAAUGAGACUGUGCAGCUAUUUUGCUUGUGCUGCGGCAUCCAGUACCAGAUGAAUUCCAUAGAAGAACCUUCGGUCGUUUCACGUGUUACCGGCUUCUGGCACUUCUUUAAAAGAAAAGUCACUUAAAUUAUAUUUUUAUCGUAUACUGCAGUCAUAAAAGCUUUCUUCUGAUGUAUAGUUUGCUAAGAUUUUAGUGAAACUAGCGCGCGUAGGACUUUUUUCCCGAAAGACACCCGCGAAGGUGGGAAAUACCUGAAUUGAUUUGUUUCAUUUUACAGGUCAGAGCUGGAGCAGAGCCCAGGAAUCUCGCUGUUGGUGACCCAGAAGUGGUUGAAGUGGGGCCCGCCAUGUUUUCAAUUCCUCAGGUACCCUUUUAACACUUUUUCCUCUGGAGCCCACAUCGAUAAAUAACGAUCACUCCCUUAGUUAGAUUUUUCAAUGAUUUUCCCUUUCCCAAACUGAAUCUCCCUGAAUGCGCUGCUUCCAUUACUUUCCGUUUAAGAAGGUAAAAAUAUAGCGUCUACCUUUCAAUUAGCCUUCCUAAGUUUGUGAGAGGAGGAUAUAGUAAGGGGAAGAAAUUGCGCAUGAGUGGUUUGUGUCACACGGAAACGGCGCAAGCUGCAAGGAAAAAGCGAACAGUAGAUAAAUUUUCUUGUUUUUUUGUACUAAAAUCUCUUUUUGGAUGAAGUAGGCCAUUAGGAUUUUAUUUUGACUUUGCCAGAUUGCAUUAGUUGAAAGCUAAGAUGUGAUGUUCACGAGAUCCCCUUCCGCCUGACGUGGUUCAGUUUAAGAGCAAAGUUAAUCAAGAUGUUUUCUUGCAAAUUUUCAUUGUUCAGAGACAGAGCAAAUUAGAUGAAGUAACAGGGAGGACUGGGGAGGCUGAUGGUUUGGGAGGCAUUCCAGCUACACAGCCUCCCCUCACCACACCCCUAGAAAGAAGAGAUAUUCCUCCACAACUGAGUAUGACACUGGAGCACAUUGUGGGACAGCUGGAUGUGCUAACACAGGUUGGUCGUGGAAACAUAUCUGAACAGGGAAUUAUUUGUAGAAACCAAGAGCCUUGGGUGUGGGGUGGGGAUGCACAUCUGUUAAUGACCCCAUCACGCAUUGGGGAGUAUACCAAGGGUUGAAGGGGGACCAUGUCAGGGGAAAAGGAGCAAAAGGGUGUGGCCUGAUGAAAAGCUGACACAUAUCAAUUUCGAAUCAAUGUCCAUUUUAAAACAUCCUUCCUUAAACAAGACGAGAGACUUUGAAACGGGGGGCGUGGCUUUCAUAUUGUAGUCAAUUUUUGCUAUUUCCUUCUACUAGCCUUUCAGAAGCAUGGUCUCUUUUAUUCUGAAUCAGGAAUUUUUUGUGGGAAAGCACUACAAUCGUUCUCUCUCUAUCUCUUAAUCCUCCCCCUUAAAAUGGACUCCCUGAUUGCAAGAUCUACUCUACCCUUUCCCUUGAAAAAGGACUACCUGAUUGCAAGAUUGAGCUCAUUUCUACAACAGCGAUUGGCUGUCAAGUCCAUAACCGCCUUCGGGGAAAAGGUCACGAAUAGUCUCUUAUAAUUUUUUUUCUUGUACAGUUACGAGGCAAACUUUUGUGCAACGUGGAGAUGUAUUAGCUUUCGCUUGUACGCAAUGAUACUUGAUUUUUUAAAAACAUUUUUCAGUGUAGGGGAGAGAUUGUCAUAUUCAUUGAGCCACUUUUUCUUGCAGACGGUUUCAAUUUUGGAACAAAGGCUAACGAUGACUGAGAAUAAACUACGAGAAUGCCUGGAUAACCAACAGAAAAUCACUUUACAGAUCAGACCUAACGAGUAGCGCAAUACAGCAACAGAAUCUAGAGACCUAAUCAUUAGACAUGUUCAGAAUUAUUUUAUGACUAGUCUUUAUAUGAUAAUAUUGUAAACUAUGAAAGAAAUUUUCAAUUGAGUGUCGAAAGUAGGCAUGGAUAUAGUCAUGGACAUUGGUUUAACUUGACUUUAGUCUGUUGUUGGUUUAGAAAGCCUAUGCCGUCCUCUUGACCAAUCAGGUACGAGCCUAAACAAGAUCAAGUGUUGGAGUUGGGCCAUUUGUAUAUUUCCAGCGCUUCAGGCUCUUUGCUAGUUUUUUUUUUUUUUUUUAGUCAUCUCUGGCCUUUUGUUAUAUUCCCUUUGUUAGAGCAGUUUCCAACUGAGUAUCGAAAGUGAUGUUGUAUUGCUUUGGUUUUGCUUUACUUCGUUGUGUGAUUGGUCCAGAAAACUCGCGCCACAAUCUUAACCAAUCAAAUGUAAAACUAAAACCAAACACGACCUGAUAACUCGCGUUUUCCCGCGCUUUAAAGAAGUUGGCUGUUUCUACUCUGAGUUCUCAUUGGCUAAUAAUCAUGGUAACCUUUUUUCUGAUUGGAAGUUGUGAUUACCUUGAUUUUGGUUUUUCGAUACUGAAUUGAAAAGUGCUCGAUGAUUGGCAGUUAUGAUCACUUUGGAUUGGGUUGUAGGACACUCAGUUGAAAUGUGCUUUUUGACAAUACAGUGUUUUAUAUCUGUGUGUAAAUAUCAUAUAAAGUUACUAAGGCAAUGUCAGAACUGCAAGCAGGUAAAUAAACUAUUUAUACCUACCUUUGCUGUAUGUUUGGAAUGAGAACUUGAUUUACAUUUAGUCGGAGGUUGAAGUGGC